AUAUUGAUUAUUUGAUGCACAAUAUGCUUCCCUUUUAAGUUAAUUAAAAUCUGUUUUGUUUUUUUUUUGUAACUUUAAUUUUGGCAGCUUCCCUCCUACCUGCAGCCCCUCAGCCUCCUCCCUUUUCUCACUCCCAUAUAGUCAGCCACCACCUCUUUAGUCACUGAUCCUCCUCUUCCCAAAAUACUCUAUUAAUGCUUUGUACUUCCUACUACCUUCUCAGACUAUGCAUUAGUCUGUGUACUACCUCUUCAUCAUGGUUCAGACACAGCCGCGGCACAAGCUUAGCCGUUUUGGCAGUGUGUUGUCCUUGUCUGAGGGCAAGAAGCUGCGCAGCAGAGUAUGGACCAAAUUAAUUAGUUGGAGAGACACCAUUCGCAAGAUGGCAGGAGAAAAAGUCAGACCUGCACAAUCUGUUUUUGACUUCCAGUCCCUUGCCUCUCAGGAACUGGACCUAAAGCAGAUGGAGCUGGAUUCUGCCACUGCUAAACUGGACAAACUAAAGAGGGAUUUGGAAAAGCGGAGGGAGCCAGUAAAGAACAGCAAUCAAGAGGGUUUGCAACUUUCUUCUCAACAGACAUCCAGCCCAGCUCUCUCCCCUACUCUGACACGCCGGGCCCAUUCCUCUCCUGCCUUUUCUCCACUUCUAAUGCCUUCACUGAAAUCUCAGAAGCCCCGCCUAUCAGAGUCCUCACUGACCACAGCAUCACCACAUGCUAUUAACUCCAGCUCUUCUGUUCCCUCCAUUUCUAUCAGUCCCACAGUUGUUACUUCCCCCUCUAUGGCCCGGAGGUUUAUCCCUACAGAGAUCGUAGACCCCUAUCUUACUUUAAAUUCUCAAACCCCUUUGGGCCGUCCCUCCUCACCUCGUCACCAGUAUUACGAUCGCCCCCACACAUCUUCUGCACGGCUGUCUUCCAGUUCAAAUGAUUAUGCCUUGGGACCCAGGACAGCAUCUCCUAGUCUUGAAGGACAUUCAGGAGGAAUGUAUUCAGACUGGGGUUCCUUACAAAAACGUGGCUAUGAAGUCCCUCAUGGAUACAGUUCCAGGUUCCCAGAUGAUGUCAGUUCUCCGCGACAACCAGCAUCAAUAAGCAAGGGUGACUUAUCCUCUUCGACACUUCUUCGUAGUAACAAGUUCUCUUCAGGAGUUGAGCCGAGUAUUCAAGGGGUGGAACCUGUAUGGAGGGCAGGGACUGGUUCACUGCCCCGACCCAUUCUAGCCCAACAGCCAAUCUCCCAUAUCCAAUUUCCACCUCCAGAAGGCAGAGGCCAACCUCACCGACCUCUUCCUCUUUCAAUGAUCUGCCGUCUGCAGAAUUCAUUUUGGGAGCAACAGACUCCACCAAUUUCAUAUGGCAUGUCUCCUGCACCAACUGUACCUACUGCUGUUUCAAUGCCCUCUGUACCAGCUGUACCUUUACCAGUGGUCCCAGAGUGGGCGUUAGCUUCUGUCACUCGAGUGCCUUCUACAACAAAUGAAGAAGUUCCCCGUCCUCUCAGUCCCACUCGUCUUCAGCCAAACCUACCUCCUUCACUGGCGGAGGUGCAGAAAGUUUUGGAGGACAUACCUCGCUCUUUAAGAAGAAGAGGCUCCCAGGAACUCACAACACAUGCUCCACCCCUGCCAUCUCAUCGACGCCAGUAUCAGCAGAUAAUGGGACGACUGUUUGGAAGGGCUUCACCUAAACCAAGCUCUGCUCCUGACCAACCAAAGGGUGAGGAUAAACUUAAAGGGUCUGCAGUCAAAUAUAUUUCCCCUAACGAACGGUCAUUAGAGGCGGAUUUGAACAAUAAAAUAGAUCCCAUCCUUGAGGACAUCAGGACAAAUGAGAAGCUUAUGCCUGACGAUAAAUUGUGUGUUAUAAUGGAGGCAUCAGAUUCCAGGGUUGGUGCAUCUGCCCCAGUGCCAGGAGAUGUGGAAUUUAAAGUACCAUUGGUUAUCGGUGGAAGCCAGAACUUGAGACUUCGUUCCGCUCUGAAGGGUCGAGGUUCACCACUCAGGCAGCGCCCCUCUCGUGCCAGACUAGAUCCCCUUAUUUUACUUCUGGAUGCAGCACUCACAGGAGAAAUUGAUGUGGUGACCCAGGCUCUUAAAGAGGUCAAUGACCCAAGCCAACCAAAUGAAGAGGGAAUAACUGCUCUCCACAAUGCAAUCUGUGGAGCCAACUACAAUAUUGUUAAACUGCUUGUCAGCAAUGGAGCCAAUGUAAAUGCUGAAGACAGCCAUGGAUGGACCCCCCUUCACUGUGCUGCCUCCUGUAAUGACCUCCAGAUAUGUUUACUUUUGGUACGACAUGGUGCAGCCAUUUUUGCAACAACACACAGUGAUGGAAGCCUUGCUGUGGAGAAAUGUGAUCCUUAUAGGGAAGGUUAUCAAGACUGUAUCAACUAUCUUACUGAUGUAGGACAAUGCAUGGGAGAAGCAAAGAGUGAAGUGGUGUAUGCUUUGUGGGAUUACAUUGCAAAAUUUGCCGAUGAGCUUUCUUUGAAGGAAGGGGACAUCGUUACUGUCCUAAGGAAAGAUGGAGAGUGUGGAUCUUGGUGGUGGGCCUCUCUUUGUGGUCGGGAAGGCUAUGUUCCACGCAACUAUUUUGGGCUAUACCCAAGAGUUCGCCCUACACGUAGUCCCAAGUGAUGUUACAAGACCAGUGAACCAACCUGAUGUCAUUUGCACUCAUCAGAUUUUGAUCAUUUUGUAUUUCUGUGCAUACAGCUAACUAAUGCAUUGUUUGUGUGUGUGUUUCUUUUUUAAACCCAUAGUAAGUGAGUGUAUGUACACAAUGUACAUCCGGUACACAAUGUGUGCUCGAUAGUAUUGUGAAUUAUAUGUGAAUAUAGGUAGCCGUUGUAUGGAAGAGAUGCGCAUUUCGUAUAGUAACGUAUUAGCUGUGGGAAUUGAGGGAAUAAUUAGCUUUUGUUUUUUGUCUUUGUAUAAACAUUAUUUUAUAAUAAAAUAAUUAAACCAGA